UUCCCCGGUGAGUGCCGCCCCACCCGCGGCAGCUCCCGCCGCGGAAUUUACUCCGGUCCCUUAAUUAUUUCGCUCUCAUCAAGAACUUUGUCUACAGUCCCUUGUGCAGCGAGCUGCAUCCCCCUCUUACGCUGGCUCCGGGCUACUGUCCUCCGCAGUCCCGUCCGGCAGUCGGGAGGAAACUUCCUUGCAAGAACAUUGUCACCUCCAAUUCAUUGUUCAGCAGCAUCUGACACUUCAGAGCUGGGAGCUGUGUGACCGCCGUGCAUUGACAUCUUAAGUAGUCUUCUACUGAGCCAAGGGAUUUGUUAUGAUGGAUUUCUCAUGGACCUGACAAGAGGUGUGCUCCUCACAAGUCAAGAGUGCAAGGCGUGUUCAGCAGAGCCUGCUCUAGCCUAAGAACUGACCAAGUCACGACAAUCAAGAUGACAAACGAACCUAUUAAAGAGAUCCUGGGCACUCCAAAGCAUCCUGAUCCUGUAACCACAGAGAAGAGUAAUAACAAUGACUGUGUGAUCACCACCAUCCCUCUGGUCAGUGAGUGUCAGCUGACUGCAGCCACAGGGGGAGCAGAACUCUCCUGUUACCGCUGCACCAUUCCCUUUGGUGUGGUUAUCCUCAUAGCUGGUACUGUGGUUACUGCUGUGGCAUACAUCUUCAAUUCCCAUGGAUCAAUCAUCUCAGUGUUUGGAUUAGUCCUCUUGUCAUCAGGACUCCUUUUGCUGGCUUCUAGUGCAGUGUGCUGGAAAAUCAGGCAGCAGAAAAAGAAAGCAAAGAGGCGGGAGAGCCAGACAGCACUGGUGGCAAAUCAGCGAACCUUGUUUGGUUAAAGACAGCUUAGAGAAGGUUGGAUGGAAGACAGAACCUUUGUAAGUCAACUUGGCUAUUUACCAGUAGGAAAUAUUGCAGGUUUUAAUUUAACUUUGGAAA